AUGACAUCAACUGGGUCUGCCGCCAACGGCGGGGCUCACGAUCAUGUCCUGCGACCGAGGCCGAGAAAACCGCAGCACUCGCAGCUGACGAGGACGCAAAGCAACACCUCUGUCGGCGAGAUGAACGGCUUGACGCCCUUGUCAGAGACUGGCCCGGCGAGCGGCAAUACCAGUGGCCGCUCGACACCCGUCCCCCACGAUGCGCUCCCCUCCGUCAAGAGCAUGUCCUCCGCGAAGAAGCAGGCCCGCGCCGAGUCGCGCCGUCGCAUCUUCCCGACGAUCGAGUUCGCGAGCCGCGUGUCCCAUUUCGAUCCCAACUCUGACUACCGCGACUUCCACGGCUUCUUCAACCUCUUCUGGAUCGGCCUCGCCAUCAUGGCCAUCACGACCAUGCUGCGCAACAUCAAGGAUACGGGCUACCCCAUGAGAGUGCAGAUCUGGACCCUCUUCACAAUCAAGAUCUGGCACUUGGCCAUUGCCGACUUCCUCAUGGUGGCGACCACGCUGGUGUCUCUGCCCCUCCACCGGCUGUGGCGCGCAGCCCCCGCCAACGGCGCUUUUACUUGGAAGAACGGCGGCAUGGCCGUGCAAAGCAUAUACCAGGUCUUGUGGCUUGCCUUCUGGAUCGCCAUCCCCUUCGUGCUUGACUGGACAUGGACCGCGCAGGUGUUCCUGCUCCUGCACACCAUGGUGCUGCUGAUGAAGACGCACAGCUGGGCGUUCUACAACGGUCACCUCAGCGAGACGGAGAAGCGCCUGCGCGCGCUCGAUAACCCCUCGACCGCCUCCAAGGACCCCGUCUACCUGUAUCCCACGCCUGACAAUCCCAUGGGAACCGUCAGCAGCCCCAAGACCCGCGACUUCAAGGACAAGGCCGAAGUGGCGAGCAGCUCGGACGAGGACUCCACCACCUCUGACGAGAUCGAGCAACUCCGCGAGGACCUGGCCCAGGAGCUCACCUCCCCCAUGGGCAACAUCGCAUACCCGCGCAACUUGACGUGGACCAACUACUUUGACUACCUCCUCUGCCCCACUCUGUGCUACGAGCUCGAGUACCCUCGGACGGCCCGCAUCGACUGGCAGAACCUCAUCUCCAAGAUCGUCGCCGUCUUCGGCUGCAUCUCGCUGCUGACCGUCAUCUCGGAAGAGUUCAUCCUGCCGAUCCUCAGCGACGCCUCCAUCCGCCUCAACGCCGUGCCCCCGCCGCCCGUCUCCGAGGCCCUCCUCAUCCUCGCCGAGAGCAUCUCGUGGCUCCUCUUCCCCUUCAUGCUGACCUUUUUGCUCGUCUUCCUCGUCAUCUUCGAGUACGCCCUCGGCGCCUUUGCCGAAAUCACCCACUUCGCCGACCGCCACUUCUACUCGGACUGGUGGAACUCGACCGACUGGAUGGAGUUCUCGCGCGAGUGGAACAUUCCCGUCUACAGCUUCCUGCGCCGCCACGUCUACAGCGCCAGCCGGCCGUACAUUGGCCGCUUCCCCGCCACCGUCAUCACGUUCCUCAUCUCGGCGAUCGGCCACGAGAUCGUCAUGGCGUGCAUCACCAAGAAGCUGAGGGGCUACGGCUUCAUCUGCCAGAUGCUGCAGCUGCCCAUCGUCGUGCUGCAGCGCACAAAGUUGGUGCGCGGUAAGAAGACGCUGAACAACGUGUGUUUCUGGUGCUCCAUGAUUAUGGGAUUGAGUCUGAUUUGCGCUCUUUACGUCUUGGUCUAG